AUGGAGUCGCUCGCCCUCCUCAGCGCCAAGCCCGGCCUCUCUCUCCGGGCGGGGCCCCGCCUCCCGCUCCCGCGCCUCCGGGCCGCCCGCGCGUCCCUCUCCACCGCGUCCAGCUCCAGGCCCGCCGCCCUCCAGUCCCCACUCCUCUCGUCGAGGCCCCCCUCCUCGCAGGACGCCGUCCUGGGGUAUGGGCUCUUGAAGCGCAGGACCAGUGCUGGUGCUGGCGUCUCUUGCAGCGCGGCGGCCGCGGCGGCGGUGCCGCAGCCCCCGGCGCAGCCGGAGGUCAAGAAGUUCCUCGGCGUGGGCCUCCCGACGCUCAAGAAGAUCGUGCCCCUGGGCCUGAUGUUCUUCUGCAUCCUCUUCAACUACACCAUCCUUCGGGACACCAAGGACGUGCUGGUGGUGACCGCCAAGGGGAGCAGCGCGGAAAUCAUCCCCUUCCUCAAGACCUGGGUCAACCUGCCCAUGGCCAUCGGCUUCAUGCUCGCAUACUCCAAGCUCUCCGACGUGCUCUCCCGGGAGGCGCUCUUCUACACCGUCAUAUUCCCCUUCAUCGCCUUCUUCGGCCUCUUCGGCUUCGUGCUCUACCCGCUCAGGGAUGCCAUCCAUCCCACCGCCCUCGCCGACAAGCUUCUGGCGGCGCUCGGCCCGAGCUUCCUUGGACCGGUAGCUAUCCUCAGGAUUUGGAGCUUCUGCUUAUUCUAUGUCAUGGCCGAGCUGUGGGGCAGCGUCGUCGUCUCUGUCCUCUUCUGGGGUUUUGCCAACCAGAUCACCACAGUCGAUGAAGCAAAAGAAUUCUACCCUCUAUUUGGCCUUGGGGCAAAUAUUGCGCUUAUCUUUUCUGGGCGUACUGUGAAAUAUUUCUCAAAUUUGCGGAAGACAAUGGGUCCAGGAGUUGAUGGUUGGGAGGUAUCUUUGAAAGGAAUGAUGGGCAUAGUGGUACUUCUUGGGCUUGUCAUUACUUCCAUCUAUUGGGGAGUGAACAAACUUGUGUUGAAUGAUCCUUCUCUUCCAAAAUCUGACCACAAGAAGAAAAAGAACAAACCUAAGCUUAGCAUGAAAGAGAGUAUGAAAGUUCUGAUCUCUUCAAAAUAUGUGAGGGACCUUGCUACCUUAGUCGUUGCAUAUGGCAUUAGUAUCAAUCUUGUGGAAGUCACAUGGAAAUCGAAGCUCAAGGCACAGUUCCCCAGUCCAAACGAGUACUCAUCUUUCAUGGGUGAUUUCUCUACCGCAACUGGAAUUGCAACUUUCACAAUGAUGCUGUUAGGUCGGAUUAUAUUCCAAAGAUUUGGCUGGGGAGUGGCUGCCAUGAUCACCCCCACAGUUUUGUUGCUGACUGGCGUUGGUUUCUUCUCUCUGAUUUUGUUUGGGCAACCACUGACUCCCCUGCUUGCCACAUGGGGUAUGACCCCUCUUCUUGCGGCUGUUUAUGUGGGUGCGCUGCAGAACAUAUUUAGCAAAAGUGCAAAGUACAGUUUAUUCGACCCGUGCAAGGAAAUGGCCUAUAUUCCUUUGGAUGGAGAUAUGAAGUUGAAGGGAAAGGCAGCCAUUGAUGUUGUCUGCAAUCCAUUGGGCAAAUCGGGUGGUGCGCUGAUCCAACAGUUUUUGAUCCUGAUAUUUGGCUCUUUGGCAAACUCGACCCCCUACCUUGGCGGUAUACUGUUGGUCAUCGUGCUUGCAUGGCUAGGCGCGGCAAGAUCAUUGGACAAGCAAUUCUCAAGCUUGGCCAAAGAGGAUCUCAGAAAGGAGAUGUCGAAAGAGAAAGUAGAAACGGCGGCACCCAAGGAACCUGAGGCGGCUACUGAUGUAUUGGUGGAGCAAUCAAAUGGAACUGAGAACUCACCAUCCGACUCAUCUCCAGCUCAAUAG